UUAGUUCUUUACAUUAUCAGUAUACAUAGCUUAAAUUCUGAAUAUUGGCCUAGAUAUUUUAUGUGUCAAUAUAUUUUAUACCAUCCGUACUUAAUACUUAGACCGUUAACCCAAAUAAGGGGUUAGUAGAACUCACGAGUCACGAGCGACAAGCAUUAUAAAUAGUCCAACAAUAUCCCAAACGAUAUAUCAUCCUAAGUGACUUUCUUGAAACCAAAAUCUUAGACAAAACCAAAAAAUGAGGAAGUUGAGUCUUUGCUUAUUAGUGCAACUAAUUAGCAUCUGGCUGACUACUCGAGCUUUUGCAGAGCAGUGUGGCAGCGAAGUUGAAGAUGUUGGUGGUGCCAAUGCCAUAGUGGGACAAUCAGCAAAUAAUGUGAGAGCAACAUAUCAUUUGUAUAAUCCACAGAAUAUAGGGUGGGAUUACAUAAGGGCGAGUGUUUACUGUGCUACUUGGGAUGCUAACAAGCCAUUGGCAUGGCGAAGAAAGUAUGGUUGGACUGCUUUCUGUGGUCCCUCUGGUCCUCAAGGCCGACCUUCCUGCGGCAGGUGCUUGCGGGUGACAAAUACUAGGACAAGGGCUCAGGUAACUGUAAGAAUUGUGGAUAGAUGUAGCAACGGAGGGCUAGAUUUGGAUGUCAAUGUUUUCCGUCGACUCGACACUGAUGGAGUCGGAAUCCAGCAAGGCCACCUUAUAGUCAAUUACCAGUUCGUGAAUUGUGGUAAUGGCCUCGAUGUUCCUCUGCUUUCUGUAGUGGACAAAGAAUGAAUAUCAAACAGAACAGGGAAGCAGUACUAGUGUUUCGUGAACGUAAUUAUAAUGUAUCAGCCUUGAUAAAGUAUGUAAGCUCUUUUGGCACUCCUCGGGUGCUUUUUGGGCAUUAUAAGCCAAAUAAAGAUGGGGCCUUUUCAUGUAAUACCAAGUAAAUAAAAACACACUGCUACUUGUCUCUGGUGCUAGUAGCCUCGUGUACAAAUAUUCCUAACACAUAA